AAAGCGUGUCAUGGUAGAAGCAUAUCGGCGCCAAAAGGCGAGGGGGCUAACUGCAAAACUACGCCGACGCCACCGCCACCGGCCGCCGGCCGCCGCGUCACACGCGCACGCCUCCUCCAUUCCCCGCCGGCGCGGCGCCUACCCCGACCCUACCCAUGGGCAGCGUCGGCGGCGGGGGCGGCGGCGACGAGGCCGUGCGCGCCGAGGAGUCGGCGUCGGGGGGCGUCGACGUCUGGAGCGACGCCGUCUCCUCCCACGACCCGGACCACCUCCUCGUCAUGGUCCACGGCAUCCUCGGCAGUAAUGCUGACUGGCAAUACGCAGCUAACGAAUUCGUAAAGCAACUUCCUGAUGAUGUAAUCGUGCACCGCAGUGAGAAAAACAUGAACACCUUGACUCUGGAUGGGGUAGAUGUUAUGGGGGAACGUUUAGCAGAUGAGGUGGUUGAUGUAAUCAGUCGAAAGCCAGAACUAACUAAGAUUUCCUUUCUUGCACACUCUGUUGGAGGAUUAGCAGCAAGAUAUGCAAUUGCAAAACUUUAUAGACAUCCAAAUGACACAUUCAAGGGUGAAACCAAAGGAACCAUCUGUGGGUUGGAAGCAGUGAACUUUAUAACAGUAGCAACACCUCACCUUGGGUCUCGAGGGAACAAUCAGGUUCCCCUCCUCUUUGGGUCCAUUGCAAUGGAAAAUGUUGCUUCUCGUGUGGUCCAUUGGAUAUUUAGGAGGACUGGGAAACAUCUUUUUCUUACUGACAAUGACGAGGGAGAACCACCACUCUUGCAGCGUAUGGCUGAAGAUUAUGGUGAUCUUUACUUCAUAUCUGCUUUGCGUGCAUUUAAACGACGAGUGGCUUAUGCAAAUGCCGACUGCGAUCACAUUGUUGGCUGGAGAACAUCGUCUAUCAGAAGAAACACUGAGUUGCCUAAGUGGGAGGAGUCAAUAUCCGAGAAGUACCCCCACAUUGUACAUGAGGAGUACUCAGAAGAAUUUGAUGAUGAAAGGUGUCAAAAUUCUGCAACAGAUUGUGAUUCAGACAUACUAGAAGAAAAAAUGGUGACAGGACUUCGAAGAGUUUCAUGGGAAAAAGUAGAUGUUAGCUUCCAUACCAGCAUGCAGAGAUUUGCUGCACACAGCAUAAUUCAGGUCAAGUACCAGUUUAUGAACGAGGGCGCCGAUGUCAUUCAGCACAUAAUAGACCACUUCCAAGUCUGAUACUCCUGCCCUCGUUCGCAUAUAGAUCCUGCCUGGAAACAUGGACCUGAAGAAUCCAGAUGGUUUUCCACUCUACUCACAGAAGUUAGAAUCCAGAUUUUCUGUUGUAUUGUUGUACACCAAUGCCCUAGAACUGUACAUAAGAGGAGUGACAUAGUAAAAAAAAACAGAGAGAGAAGAAAUCCUAAAGGCUGUUUCAGAGAAUUGUUCGUUUUAUCGCCACAUUUGACCUGACAGUGUUCAUUUACCCCAGAGAACUUCUCAAUUCAUGCCCCUUUGAAAAAACUUGCUGUUGCUGUGUGAAAUGAACUGUUCUUACA